AUGAAGUUGCCCUGCUUCGCGUCGAGUACAGUACACGACAUGUCGACAUGGCAGGAUAAAGGAGCUUGUAGACAAAAAAAUGGUGUUCUCCGAGACCCUGGCCAGCUGCGUAAUCGUGAAGAAUCACUUCUACAAACCAGUUGCCCAGUUGUCAAGCGCUCCGCAUGUCGUCGCGUGGAUGGUCUGGUGCCUGGCCGGAUCCUUCGGGAGGCCAUUAAAACGACAUACCCAUUCCCCGACCAACUCCUCCUUGAAGGCGUUGACAAGGCCUUGAUCUACCGCGAGGUCGAGCGCUUCGACUGGCGUCUCGUCAACUGUCAAUGCAGGCGACAACGACGCCAACUGUUCGAGGCCUGCGGUUGCGUCCAGUCGAGAGAUGCAGUUGAGGAAGAGGAUGAAGAGCAACGCGUUGAUGCCGCAAGUGGUGGCCCGAUGGAGGCGGAGCCUGAGUCUGAGGGUGAAAACGAGUUGGCGGAUCUUGACGAGUUCGACGGCGUGAAAGUAUCAAGCAGAAAGUUCUCGGCUAAAGAGGAGAAAUUGGCCGAAUCCUGGCGCUCAGUGCCAUCUUCACGAAAGGGUCGGAGAGGCACUCGAGCAGAGUCUCAGACGGAAGGGAGCAGUAGAAUUCCAGCUAAAAAGUCCUACAGUCCUCGUCGUUAUCGAUGCUUGCCGCAGACUGGGCUUAUAGUAUCCUACGCGACAGUCUAUCGUUUGGAGCUGGCGGACGGCCGAACGGGCACGGAGGCUGUCGGAGGCCUGUUGUCUAGUCUGAAGGAGGCCAGAUGUAGACGGUUCUAUGUUAAGAAAUCAAUUACAAAAGUCCUUAGCCAAACGAUUUGUUCUCUUAAUCCCUCAGUUUGUCAGCGACCGCAAUACAAGCUCGGUGAAUGUAUGGCCCACGCCGACGGUCACUCCUACCGACAGGUAAAAUUGAUACAGUGGCAACGAGUCGGUUGUCAAUGCGUUCGCAUGAAGGCUGUUGUCACUGCGCGCCGUCUCUGCGGUUGUCCGCCGCCCCGAGUGCACAAGAGGUGUCUCGACGGCGUACGUAGACUGGAGUUGCACAUUGUCACGUGGACAUUAAGAAAGCCGAAACAUGGACAGCAGCAGCAGCAAAAGGGACUGCAGAGCAGCGCCCAUCUGGCGCAGGAGCUGAAGAGCUUUUGUCAGAAGGCCAGUAGAUACAUGCAGCAUUCAAUCCGCUGCCCAGAAGUUCGGGCUAGUCAUUCGACUUGUAAAGACGGCAAGAUGCGGUUCGUCGUCACGGUCUACCUCUUGCAAAAGUGUCAAUGCAAGGAACGAACUCGCCAUCGCAUUGUGCGUUGCCAACAGACCAGCUCUCGGCUUGGAGACAAAAAGCUACAGGGCCAGUCUGACAAGAAGCUGAGCCGGGGCGGAGUUGGUCGUGUUGGUGAUGUGGCGUUGCCGCCGGAGCAUUCCACUGGCCGGAAGCCUCUUCAGCUGGUGCUUCCCGUGGAGAUAAUGCUCGACUGCGUCGAUCUGCUGCCCACCAAGCAUUGCACCCAACUGGAGGCCGAACCAUACCGGAUGUGUGACCAGGCGGGCAACGUGCGCCAAUACCUCUGCCGGAAAACCUGUCGCCAGUGCGAAUGUAAGUUUUAG